AUGAAUACGGAUUCAGUCAACACUCCUGUACUCAAGGACCUAACAGUGGAAAACAUAACAGAAAAUGUGAAGAUAAUCAAUUCACAGGGCGAUGAUUCAAGGUUGAAAUUUCUCUUCGAGAGGCUGGUUCAACACCUACACGAUUAUGCUAGGGAGACAAGACUCAGCACCGAGGAAUGGGAUGCGGCCAUCCGCUUUCUCACUCAAACAGGCCAGAUUUGUACCGACGUCCGGCAGGAAUUUAUCCUUCUGUCCGACGUCCUCGGCUUGUCUCUCUUAGUUGACGCCAUCAACCACCCCAAGCCGCCCCAUGCUACCGAGAGUACCGUGCUUGGCCCCUUCCAUUCGCACGAAGCGCAGCUGAAAUCGAAUGGGGACACUGUGUCGCACGAUCCAGAGGGUGAGCCAUGUCUGGUUAUCUCCACCAUCAAAGAUACUUCCGGACGACCACUGGAAGGAGUGAAGGUCGAUGUUUGGGAAACAGACAGUAAAGGUUUCUAUGAUGUGCAGUACGCAGACCGCGAAGGCCCUGAUCAGAGGGCCGUAUUGAGGAGUGACAAGGAUGGUAUGGUUUGGUUCAAGGCAAUCGUGCCUGUGCCCUACCCAAUACCUCAUGACGGACCCGUGGGAAAACUCUUACUCCGCUUGAAAAGGCACUGGUAUCGACCGAGUCAUAUGCACUUCAUGUUUGAGAAGAAGGGGUAUGAUCAUUUGAUCACUGCGCUGUAUCUUCGUGGAGAUCCAUAUGAGUCGUCCGAUGCGGUCUUUGGCGUCAAGGAGUCGCUGGUUGUUGAUCUCACGACAGUCACCCAGGAGCAGGCCGAGAAAUACGCAAUCAAGGAAGGUUCGAAACUGCUGGCUUAUGAUUUUGUACUUGUGGAAGAUGAUGAGAUGAGGAAACUGCGGGACCAAAAUGCUUUGACCGCUCUCGCCGGAACGAAACUGAAAUUGUUGAAUGGGUUGCCAGUUCCAGAUAUUGAUUGA